AUGUUUUUUUAAAAAAAAUUGUGACAGGAUUUUGGAUUGGUGCUUAUAUUUUGAAUGAAGUCCAUGAAAGAUAUUCUAUGGGUUCAAGUUGUUUCUAGAUUCUUGCUGUUAGUCACGGCAAGUGUGCUUGUGCUGGUUUUCUUUUCAAUGUCGGUUUCUCAACCUCUGCUGUCUCAAAUAAGCUUAAGGAAAAGAGAAUCCACGGAGUUUGUAACUAUGGGCCAAGCUUUGGGGAUACCAGGCUGUGGAUUGCUCGUACAGACAGCAUCUGUGGCAGGUGUAGAUCUUCAUCAACCUUUGGACAAACUGCUGCAGGACAAGAGGUUUCGUCAAUCUUUCAUGGACUUUGCAGACAGUUGUCUUGCUGGUGAGAGUGUUCAUUUCUUUGAAGAAGUACAUGAGCUGGGCAAGAUACCUCUCGAUGAUCCUGUAAGAAGAAUUUACAUGGCAAGGCACAUCAUUGAGAAUUACAUUGUUACUGGUGCAGAAAUGGAGAUAAAUAUAUCUCACAGGACCCGUCAGGAAAUCCUAGGCACCCUGGAUCUUGCUCACCCUGAUCUCUUCAACCAUGCAGUAAAUGAGAUGAUGCAGUUGAUGAAAAUGAAUUUGUUGAAAGAUUACUGGUCAUCUAUGAAUUUUGUGAAGUUCAAAGAAGAAAAUCCAAGACAACCUGACAGUUCUGAGCCUGCGGGGUGGGAUCUCUCUCCAAGACUAAGUUGUGUGCGGUGCACUGACAAUCCAUUUAAUCACGAACAAUUGCAUAAAUGCCCCUCGGGGCGCAAAUGUGAUGUGUAACUUGAGGACAUGCUUGCUUUUUUUAUUGAACCUAGUAUCAUCUUAGCUUGCCCUCAAAAUUGCUGUUAGUUUUGUUUAUAUGUAGUCUUCUGGUAAGAGAUUGUGUUAAUAGUUGAGAGGAUGCUGAUGCUGCCAUUGUACAGACUCUAUCAAAGACUUUGUGGUUGAAGUGGAGAGGAUUGUGUCGAGUAAUAUGGUCAAUUUUGGCAUCAAGCAGCUUAAAUAAACUUAGAUGUCAGGAUGGUGUGUAACCCUUGAUCUCAUUAAAGCUUUGUAAGAGAGUAUCCUCCAUGCCAUGCAGGUAGCCUUUUUUUU